GCUGCAGAGCUGCCGGGCGACGAGGAGCUCCGCCUCACGCGCGGCCGCGCUCCGUCUGCCGCGCCCGGGCUCGGGGCAAGUCUGCGUGGCCCUGCUCUCCUCCCACCGGAAUCUCUUCCUCUGCCGCCAUCAGCUGCGUGUGGAGCCUGCCCCACACCAUCCCCUGCCAAACCACGGCCUUUACCUGCGUCUUCCGGUGUUUCCCGUGCGACCCUUCCUGUGGGAGUGCCUCCUGGGCCACCCCGGAGUUCACGCAGCACUCGGUGGCUCCAAUGGUGAAGAUGACGAGGUCCAAGACUUUCCAGGCAUACCUGCCUUCGUGCCACAGGACCUACAGCUGCAUUCACUGCAGGGCUCAUCUGGCCAAUCACGAUGAACUCAUUUCCAAGUCCUUUCAAGGAAGCCAAGGGCGAGCCUACCUCUUCAACUCAGUAGUUAACGUGGGUUGCGGCCCAGCAGAGGAGCGGGUGCUACUAACAGGAUUACAUGCGGUUGCAGACAUUUACUGUGAAAACUGCAAAACCACGCUGGGCUGGAAAUAUGAACACGCUUUUGAGAGCAGCCAGAAGUAUAAAGAAGGCAAAUACAUCAUUGAACUAGCUCACAUGAUCAAGGAUAAUGGCUGGGAUUGAACAGGAGGAGCCCGGCUAACCCGGCGUGUGAGAGAAUGCCAUCCAACCGAACAUUAUAUCCAAGAGUGAGAGAGUGACUGAACGCUUGGUUCCAUGCAUUUAGAGGCUCUGCAAUCUGGGAGCAUCUUCACACCCUUCUCCAUCCUUAUUGGUGACUGGCCUCUAAAUUUCUGUCUCUCUGUCUCUUUGCUUUGUAUCUGUUUGUGAGUUGACCCUGGCUGCUUCUCUCUCUGUUCUGGCGUUGGCUAAGAGAAUGCACCAAAUGCCCGACAGCAUUCCAUGUUGACGAAUGUCUAAGCGCGAACCGAAGCUGGCUUCUGUGGCGGCAUUUUAUCGGAAGGUCUCGGCGUGGGAAGGAGACCUGAGUCUUGGGCAGGAGGGGAGAGCAAGGGUGGGGGCGGGAGGGCAGAAGGGGAAGUAAUCAGAAACGAAGCUCUGCUUUUCCUUUAAGUCCUUUAAGGCUUGAAAUGAUCUCCUUGUCUGAACGGACAGAAAAAUACCUCAUGGCUGCGUUCUCUCUGAAUCUCAAGCCUGCCGCUGCAAAGGCAGAGCCUUAGAUGAAGCUGGCUGAGCACAAGUGGUAACCAAACCCCCUCCACCAGCCAAGUCCUGAAUCCGCUGUCUACUACCAUCUGUUGGUGGGUUGUUUCGUACUGACCACAUGGUCGCCUUUUGUCGACUUGUUGGGGUGGGGGCUGACAGCUUAGCUGACUCCCCACACGCUCAUCCUCCUCCUCCACUUUCACAGCUAAGGGGUAGAUCACCCUGGCAGAGCAGAGCUGGGGUGACCUCAGCACCCCUGCCUGCAGGCGGCUGAGAGGAGGAGCAAAACUGUGUAACGUAGGAGAGGCUGGCGCUAGGCUUCGGAGGCAUGACAGAGAGGCGAGAACCAAGGUGCGUGUUGGGCAAGUGACAGGAAAGCAUGGGGGGUUGUAGACAAACUUGGAACUAUAAGGUUGAACCUUAAUUAUCCUGGCCUUACCGCGUGCCCUUAGAGCAGUGUUACAGCUUGGGAUCCAGUCAUCCUAACGCGACAGAAAAAUGUGCAAACAGGAUUUUGCUCAAAAUGUUUUGACCCCAGCCAUCAGUUCCCCUCUGUGAGCCCAUCGGAGAUGCAAGGUGACAGCAGAUGGUUCCAGCAGUUGCUAAUAUUUUGCACAGGUGGAUAUUUCAAGCCCUGAUGUAUCCCCCAAGUCCCCGUGCCCCCGGUGUUUUUAAAAAGAUGUGAUACUUUGGGAAGCAAAGACCCUCGACAUCCCCAUAGGAUUUGUGCCUUGGAGUUGUCGGGGGAAAAGAGGGUUGGAUGUCUAAUGGCAAGAGACAAGUCCUGCUCUUUUAAGUUUUGAUUAUUAAUUUUAAUGAACUAUCUCAAUGUUGUUGGUGAGGGAGAGGGAUUGUACGUGUGGAAGAGAUGUGUUGCACAUAAAUGACAUUGUGAAGCUUUCUUCACAAAAGUCCAGCCAGGAUCUGGUGCAUCACUCAUGACUGUUUAACUGAAUUAGUUUUUCUCUCUCGGAGCAAAUUUCUUUUUUGUUUGUGGAAUUCUUUCAAGUAGGUUCAUCCACUGGGGGAAAAUCCUUUUUAAUCUAGUCAGGAAGAGUAACGUGCAGGUGUUCGCAGCUCCUCUGGUGAUUGUCACCUAAUGGCAUUUUUUCUUCCUAGCUGUUCCAAGUGGACGGAGUUAGGGGGAACUUCACAGGCAUAUUUAGAGCUGGAUGCAGAAGAGCUGGUUAGAAACAGGACUGGGCUUUCAUGUCAGGUACUUGUGAUCAAGCCCCAGCCUGAUAGGGCCAUGGGAAGAGUGCUUGUGCACAUGCCAUGUCUCACUGACAGUGUGUGGGUCUGACUUGGAGCAGGGAAUAUAAGGCAGACUGACUGCAGCUGUGGAAAGUCAUGGGCUUAAUGCCUUCCUUGGUCAUGCUAGGGUGGCUUCUGUCUUCACCCUGCCUGAUGCAGCUGCAUAACAAGACCACCUCAGCUGAUUCCUGCCAGACUCUGCUUCCUGAAUCCUCAUUCCCCACUGUCACAAAGGGAGGGAGAAAGGUAUUAAGGUCGAGGACUUUUUUCUCUACCAGUCUGUUGCCUCUGGCAUUGGCCUCCUCUGUAUUUUCCUUUCCCCUGAUUAUUGAGCUGGGAUAUAGUACUGUUUUUGGCCAGCAGGGAGUCAUUUACCUGGUUUGAAAACCUCUUCUCUGAAAAUACAGUUGUUAGAUUUGAUCUGAAUGGGCAAAGUAAGGGACUGCCCAAAGCAGCUUGUGUGAAGGUGAGAGCGGAGCAUUCCUACGUUUGCAACUGUAGGUUGGCAGCACAGUGAUCUCCAAUAAAAAGCCAACUAUGCCUAUAAAAAGAUUACCCCGGCGCUCUCCAAUACUAGCCUCAGUGCUGCCACUUCCCAUUGUAAGCUGUAGUAUUUUGCAGCCAUCAUGUAGAAUACUGCAGCACGCUUUAAAGGUCAGGGCAGUCAGCAGCAUGGCUUCAGCUGCAGAAGCCAUUCCCCAUGUGCAAAACACAACUGUGAUGGAUAAGAUUGCACAGUGCUUCUUUCACCGUUUACGGGCAUUGUAUUUUUAAUGGCGACCGCUGUAGGUUUGCCCAUGGCCAGACGGUGUCGAUUCUCUGCUUUCCCUUCUGCGGAGCUACCCCAGUUUACGACAGUUGAGAACCUGGCCUUAAAUCCUGUUAUGAAAAAUGUGUGUUGGCUUACACACCUAUGCGUGCACGCACGCUCCUAGCUGCAGAUCAGUGUUUAUACGCUGUGUGGGGCAACAAGUAAUCCUGGCCUGCCAGGCUCAUUUAACGUGUGUACUCCACCAUGUGUCCAUUAAACCUAAAGUGCUUCUUACGAUGUUAAGUCCACUGCUAACUCAUCUGAAACCUGCUGUAUUAAGAUAUGGGACAGUAUUGGGAGUUGAUGACCACAACAGAGUGACCAGAUCUAGAGGCUAGAGGAUAUGGGAAUCAGUGCAUUCUAAAUUGAUGAUUUGCAAACGAAUAUAGUCAGAGCAUAACCAAAGAACCCCCCACCUGCAUCCCAUUGGUCAUGUCAACUAACUGUAGCCAGUUACUUCCAUCAAAGGGUGGGAAGGGUUGGGCCCACUGAGGCAAUGAAAUGUCUAGUUGAGGAUGGAGCACUGCAUGCUGGGAAGGGUAGUCCAGAGGGUCAGCAUCUUCAGCGAAGGUGGGAACAGCUGCAUGUUCUGCUCCAUUUCCUGUGGCUCUGGCCCCUGGGUCACCCUUCAGCUCACAUCUCCCCUUGCCCCCCCAAAGACACAUGUGGUUUUAAAUAUUUGGCCCUGGUGGUUUAUCAUGUGUGAAAUCCCGCCCCCUGCACUAGCUGUUGAGAUGAUAAUAUAUACCGAACAUAGCGAGCGUUAUCUUGUGAAAUCUACUUUUGUAAAUAAUAUUUAAUUUUUUAAAAAAAAUAAUAUAUUUGGUGCUGUUUUCUCGGAGCCCCUCCCGGAGAGCACUGCUUUGUUUUGUUGAUAAAUUAUACCGUUUCCUCUCUCUUUGUUGGAAAAUCUGUUGAAAGGGAAACAACCAUCCUAAUUACGUGCUGUUUUCGGAAGUCAAUACACUUUCCAUCUGGGCAUGGUAGGGGGGAGGAAUCAUUUCUGGUUCCAUUCUACAGAAUUUCCCUCCUAUACAGGCCAUUGCCAGGCUGCAAGCAGAGGUCCCUGUCCAGGGAGGCUCUGAAGUAGGUGUGUAACCUUAGACAGGUGAGAGUGCUCGCAUGUUUGAAGUGACUCACAUGCCUCAGCUCCUCCCUGACUGCAUGCCUCCCACCUCGGUCCUCCAAUUCGAUGUACGGGAGAAGACCCUCGGUCCCACGCGGAGCCCUGCGGAAGUCAGUGGGGCUCUGUCUGGGCAGAUGCGAUUGCCCGAGUAGAUCUCAUGGCAGCAUGUGGGCCUGCUCUGUUCUCUUGCACCAGUAUUGGCCAGAAUGACAUAAGUAACAAAGAUGUAAACUGGGGAUGUGGAUUUGUGCGGCAACCUCCGCAUCUCUUGUUUCCAGUUGCUUGGGGGAGCAGCGGGUGGGGGAUGGAAAAACUGAACUAGUCAAACUUUUGAAACUACAAAACAAAUCUUUCUGGAUGGGGAUCCUGGUUCAAUGUUUCCUUUGAAACCAGGCUUCUAUGUGCUGAAUUACAGUAAACGUUUACAUCUCUGGCGGUCAAGUUAAUUUUCCGUCUUCUUUUCUGUCUUUCUCCCCCUUUAUUUGUCUGUAUUUCAUUGGGUCUUUUUGUUGAUCUCAAAGUGGACCAACAGCACAAACCGCUGGACUGUGCUUGCUGCGUGAGGAGCUGUUUGCAGUGCUGAGUAGCUGUCGCACGCUCUUUCCUUUCCUCUCUUUGGUGCACAGGUUUUAAAAAGAAAAACGAAAAAAAAAUCUGCAAAUGAAACUUGUCGUUCUUGUGAUGAUCAAAUACGAACUUUCUCUGUAUGCGUUUUUCUAAUGAUAUGUGAGUGUAUUAAUCAUGCAUUUCAUUGCACUUCCUCAUAUCGGAAGAAGCAUCAUGGUUCUGUAUGAGGUGGUUCUUGGAUGAACAGGUUAUGUGCAAACCCCCUGUUGGGUGAACAGAUCUGCAAGAAGCAGAGCUCCGCUCCAAGCUCUUCCCGCUGGCUGUGGGAAAGCUCGGAGACGAUCAUGUUCCGCGCUGAUUUUGAAGACUUCUGCUUGCAGAGAGCAAGCAGAAAAGCGUUUGAGCAGAGCAUUUAAUUCUGAAACAAAAUCAGCGUGUUUAAGCAGUAUGGCGCUGGGUAAGGUACAAUCACAAAUAAGCUAUUCUCAUUGUUACGGACUCCUUUGUGCUGUUUCUCAUGAGGAAAUGGGAAUGCUUUCCCCACUGACAAAAUGAAGAGACGAUAUUUCUGAUACCAGCCUGUCUGUUGAUGCUCUCGUGUUUACAAACUGUGUAUAUUUUAAUUUCUCUGAUCUUAUUUUAAUUUUAUUUUUUGGCAUAUUCUUUCAGGUCAUUUGCUUUGGUGAGAAAUGCAAUUGUUUGUUUGUUUUUUCAGAUAAUUUGUUUUCACCUUUUCAUGUAUUUGUACAUUGUACAUAGUUCUUCAGUAUUAGAGGGAGGCGUAUUGUUUGUCAUAUUUACAAUAUGUGUUGGUGCUCAUUUGAGAAAAUAAAGUUUUCAAAUAUUAAAACCAUG